UCAAUGGUCGCGUCAAACAACCUACCUCUUAAGCAUCCAUCUCCUUCAGCUCUUUGAAUACACAACACAACCUUGCGCCACGCUCCUCCAACAUCCUCGCCCUGUCGCAUCAGAUACCUUUACUAUUGUCAACCUCUGCGAUCACAACUAUCCUCAAAUUUCGUUAUUUCAGCCGUUAUUUGGCGCCAUUGCAUCCACCGCCUUGCUUGCUCGAUUGCCGCUCUCUCCCAGCCACAUUGAGAAAUCAAAACAAUGAAUUCUCAUGCAACGCCACGUACUGCCUUUCAAGGGCGCUCGUUAGGCGGCUCGGGACUUCCUCCGCAGUCGAGGCAGCCAGUUGCUCCUCAAGUGUCCUCAAAUGAGGACUAUAGUACGAUUCCGGAGGAGGACCGCGAACAUAUUGAUGAAGUUUUUGAUUUGAUGGACAUGAAGAAGAAGGGAUGGCUCAACAGUUACGAAUUCAGACACUCGCUAGCAGCGCUAGGCUUUGAUAUGUCCAAGCCUGAUUACUUCAGAGAACUACAGUCAUACGGCUCUGUCCCUCCCGAAUGGCAAGAUCCUCACAACUGUCCUGUCAACCGCCUCUAUGUUUACCUCGACCAAUUCCGAUUAUGCGCUGCCAAGUUACUCGCCAACCGCGACCCCAGACAAGAAGCAACAAAAGUGUUCAACAUGUUUGAUUACGACGGAGAUGGUGUUAUUUCCUUUGAGGACAUGCGACGGCUAGCUUCCGAUAUCAAGGAAGAGAGGACCAUGACAGACGAGGAAAUUCAGAGCAUGAUUGAGCAUCUGGAUCACGAGGGCAAAGGCGGUGUAAACUUGGAAGAAUUCAUACAGAUGAUGGAGGAGGCUGGUUAAGUCCAACUACAGGAGUUCAAAGAAUGACACAAUACCAGCCGUGUCAGAACAUGACAGUGAAAAAGUUCGGUGCAAGUGGCAUCGCUUGGGGUUCGCAUAUUAUCCACGCCUGUCGCGCUUCGAGGCCGAUAUGUGGGCUUGCAACAUUGAAUCUCUAUCUUGAGCCUAUAAGGUGCUUGUUGCAACAGAUCGAGGCACAUGGCUGUCUCAGAAUCGUCCUCGCGAGCACAGAGUUGUCCCGAAUACGCGAGGCUUGGCCAGCCGAGUCAAGCCACAGUCAGACAAAGAAUGAUUCAGACAGCGACCUUUCAAGCAAUUUGGGUACAUUAGUUAGCUGCUGGGCGCAUUAAGCAUUGAAAGAGAAAAGGGGAAUGGCGUAAUAUGGCUACAACGGAUUCAAUG